AUGGGGUUCUCGUUUGGCUCGUACGCGUCGAUCUGCGAUGAGAUCUCCAUGGUGGUCUGCCCGUUGCUGGGCAGUUCCGGCCUGGGACUCGAACCCGUCUGCUACUCGCGCAAUGUCGAGAUCAACAAAACCAUCAUUUUCCAGCCCGCCACAUGCUUCAUCCACAUCGCCGCGCUCAUCAUGACUGCGAUCAUGGUCUACCACAUUCGCUCCAAGUACACGGCGGUAGGACGUAAGGAGAUCGUCCUGUUUUUCUAUCUCUACGCGCUUUCCGAGGUGCUCGUCAUUUUUUUGGAUUCGGCCAUCAUUCCGACGUACUCGGCAGCGUAUCUGUACCUUACCAGCGUGUACGUGGGCUUCAAGACGGCCAUCUUUUGGUGUCUGUUGAUCAACGGCUUUGUCGGAUUCCAGUUUGCCGAGGAUGGCACGCCCAAGAGCUUGUGGUUCUUGAGGCUGAGCUCUCUGCUUCUGUUCGGAGUCGGACUGUUUGUUUCGCUGGCGACGUUCAAGGGCAUUGCAGGAAUGUCGCCCACCAAGCAAACCGGGUUGUGGAUCGUCGAACUCAUCUUCCCGUUGGCAUGCGUGCUCAUCUACACCGUAUCUCAGGUGCUCUUGGUGCUGCGAACAUUGGACGACCGAUGGCCGCUGGGCGAUAUUACGUUCGGAUUGUUCUUCUUCGCCUCGGGGUUGAUCUUGAUGUAUGGAUUCGGAAAGGAAGUGUGCAGAGCGGUCAAGCAUUACAUCGACGGAACGUUCUUCGGCUCUUUGUGCAUGUUGCUGGCGGUGAUGAUGGUAUACAAGUACUGGGACAGCAUUACCAAGGAGGACCUCGAGUUCAGUGUCGGCAGCAAGCAGAGCGUUUGGGAGGUUAAGGAUCCGUUGAUCGGCGGUGGCGGCAGCAGCGAAGGUGGCGACGGCGACAGGUUGGGCGGUGGCGGUGUUGAUUGGGCGAGAGGAAGUAGCCCAAGCAGAUUCGGCGGUCAGUCGCCGUUGGGCAAGAGUGGAAUGGGGUAUCCGCCCGUGGCGAACUACUCACACUGA